AUGUGCGCGAUGGCAAACACCGGCGAAAUCGCGAACGGCACGCAACGGGCCCAUCAAACAAUCCACAUGCUCCCGCUGCAGACCUCGGAGGUCGCGGCGUGGUUUACGCUGUUGGAGAUGCAAUUCGAAGACCUGGAUCUCACCGAUGAUAAGCGGAAGUUUCUGACCCUCGCCAGGUGCCUCGGUGGCCAGUACCUAUCGCAGAUCGCGGACGUGAAUAGGAGAACACCGGAGGCUGAACGGUACGAGAAAUUAAAGGGCGAAAUCAUCCGAGAGCUGGCCGACACCGCCGACUCGAGGUCACGUAAGUUGCUGAUUUCCGAAGAAAUUGGCGACAGGAAGCCAUCCCAAUUCUACCAGCACCUUAGGAGACUAGCUAACCCCUCGUUGCCGGACGAUUUCCUCCUCACGCUCUGGAGAGAGCGACUUCCGGACUACCUCGACAGCCCCCUGGACGCAGCGGACGGUACCGACAUAGAGAAGUUGAUGCGGCUGGCUGACCGGACCUACGAAAGGCACGUAUUGAAAAGCCGGAAGGUUGCUGUUAUCGAGAAGGAAAGAACAUCGGAUAGACGGCGAAGCGACAGUCCAGAAACGUCGGACGACAGGUUUUCUCGAUUAGAGGCCCAAAUCGAGGCAUUGCGCCUCGACUGCCGCCGCCACCAAGGUCCAAACACGAGAGGGCACAGACCGCGCCCGGGGGAAAUUCCGCGGGACUCUGGACUUUGCUACUACCACGCGAAGUUCCGUGCACACGCGAAGAAGUGUCGCCCACCGUGCACCUGGAAUCAAGGAAACGAGACCGGCCGUCCGUGA